AUGCCGAGCAUCCCGAUGCAGCACCUUGUCCACCGUCCAUGCACGCGGCCCCUUCAGGGGCAGGGCUGCCGCCACACUCCUGCCGUGGCAACCGCUCCGGUCAGUGGCCUAGCUCGCAAGGAAGGUCAGCACCGGCAAGCUGACGCGCUUCGCUGCUUGACAGUGUCCCGUGCCGACACGACAGCCCGAGCUGAAACCUGGCGAGCGUGUGAGAUGAGCAAGCGUGCUUGGAAAUCGCUCUCACCUCAGACCGAGCUCGUGCUGCUUCAGUUGAGCUUUCUUCUCUCGCCCUCUAAGUGCCCUGGCUGGUGUGAGGCAGGAAUGUCGCAUUGCUUCUAUCAGAUUCUAUCAGCCGCCGCCGCUGACUUGCAAUGCCGUGACCCGUCCCUGCAGCUGGCGCUGCGUGUUGCAUCACCGUCACGGAUCCUUUGUGAUGCGCGGGUGCACGCCUUCCGUGGCGUCGGGGCGAGGGCAAUGGUGCCUUCAGCACACCUGCCAUGGCAGAAAGUCAGCUACCCCAAAGCCCUCGAGCCGAGGUCUCAGCGUGCAAGCAAGGAUGCCGGAGCGGCUGCCGCCACCAUUGCCACAUCGAACACAGGAGAUGCAGGGACCUCCGCAAACGCGCGUGCGGACCUGCGCUUUGUAAGAGGGCAUGGCUCCAGCAAGCCGCUCUGGCGCCGUUUUCGUUGCAGCUCCUGCGAUUGA